CUACCAUACUUAUUUCUAGCGGCAAAUUCAGCGAGGAUUCCAACAUUUAACUUCAUCGUCAAGAAAGAAGAUGUCCUUUGUGAGGGUGCCUAGACGGUCCCAGUCUCUUUCCGGUAGGAGCAGGAAACCAAAGAAAAAGAAAGCUACUUGGGAUAGCACAACAAGUGACUUGACAGUCCAUAAGCUGAGCAAAGAUGAGUUGGAUCGACGUCAUGCCGUUCAUCAGUCGGCUAAUUUAGAGAUUAUCAAAGAGGAGAAAAGAAAAAAAGCUAUUCUUAAAGCUAGGAAAGAGAGAUCCCAAAGUGAGGGAUCACAGGCUGGCUUGCUACAGGAGAUCCUGUACGACGAGAAACAACUGAAUGCUGCCCUCGCUCAUUCCGAUCGGGUCAUGUCUGUUGUCAAGGACCUCUUCUAUGAUGACCCAAAGCGUUUGAAAGCUAUACCUCUUAUUACACGAGCACCUGGGGGAGAUGCUGAUAGAAGAAGAGGUGGUCCUAUCAAAGAGAAAGGCCCUCACACCAGCUAUUUAGAUACCCUCAGUGAUUCUAUCAUGGAUCCAUCAGCACUCAAUGAAUAUCAACAAGAUAUUGACUCUCAGCUAGAGGAAGAAGAGACAGAUGAUGAUGAUGAGGAAGAUGGAGAGACACCGGUGUUUGACAGUAAGCUAGAUGUUGAUCGAUUUCAGAGUUAUAUCCAUCGAUCAGCUACCCAGAAACCUGUUGAUGAGAGGGAGAGAGCCAACCUGAGGCAUGGAUCCAACAACAAAGAAAACAUGGACCCUGUUGUUACUCCAGAGAGGUUGCCGCUUGCAAAGUCUCAGCAAGAUACCAUCAAUGACACUGCCAAGGCGAACAAGAAAAUGGGCUCAAAGUCAAAGUCUAAAAGUCAAAGUUCAUUCUUAGAAAUCAGUCAGAAAACUAAACCGGAAGACCUAAGAAUGUAUUUGAAUGAGCUAAUGACGGCUUGCAGUGCCUUUGACCAGGUCAGAGGGGAAGCUGACAUCAGUCAUACCUUCACCUCGGGUUUUCCACAUCUGAGUGGCUAUACUGCUUUCUUAGUCCAGACGCUCACAAAGAUUUUAAAGCAUCUUACUCAGAGUGAAGCCAAUCUUGAACAAGAGAGGGCAGCAAAACAAAGACUGGAACAGGAGACUGCUCAACAGAGAAAACUCAUUGAUGCCAUGACUGUUGACAUGAUGCAAUCACAAGAACUAAAUAUGAAGAUCCAAGCAGAAGCAAGAAAACACAUCAAUCAGAUGGAACAGAGACUGCAGAUUGUAGAGCAUUUGCUGGCUAACAGAGAGUUUUUAGAAGAGAAGGUUGAGCCUUGUGAGACUGCAAACCAGAAGGAAGCCCUCGGUUCUCGUCCAACCCAGCCAUCAAAAUCAGCGUCUACCAUGGCUACUGCUCAUUCAGAAGCAAUACGUUCAAGUGACAUCAAACAAGAUCAACAAACUGACCCUCAUCCUGGACCUACGCAAAUUACUACUUCGGCCUCAGGCUCUUUACCAGCCGUGUCCCUUGUAGAAUCUACGCUGCCGACAAGGACAAGUUCAGGACAGACAAUAGUGACAGGACAGCCUGGAGAUCAAUCUAGUACCUCCCAAGUACAGUCUACAGCAGUCAGCUCAUUCAUCACCUCCAGAAAUAAUACUACUGCAGGUAAUGCAAACCAGGACGCUACUGGACACCAGGACACUGGUGGUCAUCAAGUACCUCAGUUAAGCCAGCACACAGUGGAGAAAUUGAUGUCAACUCGACCUGGGCAAGAGAGAGAUGAUGUUCAUUUUUCAGGGAAUCUCAGAAGCAUUCAAACCAACGUUCCAAUUGGUAUUCAGAAUAGUGGAUUAUUCCAAUCUGGUGAUGGCGAGAGAGCUAUGCACAGACCAAGUAGCAAAUCAGGGUUUAGUAUAUCAUCAAUGCCUUCUAGUGUGCAGAAAGGUACUAAUUUGACAUCACAGGGGAGUAGACUGGGUCCCUUCGGUAGCUCAAGACAGCAAGAAUCUUCAGACUUUCAUCUCCGUCCUAUCCAGCCUGCAAUGCUCCUGUCACCACCCAGGCAGAAGGAUAGGAGAGAUUUCAUCAAACCACCUGGCUAUCAGUCUCAACUUGCUAAAGGUGCUCCUCAUGUACUCACCCAUGGUGGUAUAUCCAAUCCUACAUCUACGCUAAGUGGUGGUGUAAAGGGAUCCACCUUCCAGCCUCAAGCAGUGUUCUUAGGCACGAGAUCGAAAUUUUCAGGGGACCCGAGUCUUGAUGUGAACAGAAAUGAUUUUGUUAACCCAUCAGGAUAUCCUCCAAGGGAGCCUCUACUCAACAACUAUACCUCUGAUCCUGAUGGUCUCAGGGAAGGUGUGUCUCCGACCUUAUCUGUGGGCAGUUCAUCUACGCGAUACCUCUCUCUUCCUGGCAUUCCUGGUGAAACCAAUAUGAUCAAGAACAUUCUACAUCAUGGCAACACCAACCCAUCUCUUCUGCAACCGGACAGGCCAGGACCGAACGGGCAAGAUCAACAGCAACACCAACCCUUGAGGAACGUUCAUCCAAUGACGAUGGAUACUGUCUAUGAAGCAUCCCUUGAUGGAUCAGUAGAGCCAGCUGGAAGGGAGGAUACAUCUGUUGAUAUGAAUGAGAAGAUAGCAUCACUGUCUAGACAGAGGGUUGAAGCUCAGGCCAGACUUGAACAUCUCAAGGAUAUGUAUGGUGGGGAGGAAAGACCUACCACCAGUGGACGAGAAGCUACGGAAAAUAAGAUCCCUACCAAACCUACAGGUGUGUUGAUUGGAGCUUCACCUCCUGUUUCACCAAUAUCAAGAGAGCCACCAUCACAGAGACCAUUGCCUACAGGGACAUCCCGUAAUGCAUCAGCAGGGAGGACAAUCCAUGUAUCCAUGCCAAAGCUAAGUGAGCUGGAAAUAUCUGCAACAAGUACUCCUGCUUCCAAGAGGACAUCAACUGGAAGCAGUGGUCCUUCACCAGGCAUCAACCAAAAUGACUGGAAAACACCUCUCAAGGAUUCCCCUGGAAAAGAGGAAUUCUUUGCUCUCAAGGCCCACAUAUCAACCUAACAUCACCAGGAAAAGAAGAAUUUUUUGCUCUCAAGGCCAAAUAUCAACCUAACAUCACCAGGAAAAGGGGAAUUUUUUGCUCUCAAGUCCACAUAUCAACCUAAUAUCACCAGGAAAAGAGGAAUUCUUUGCUCUCAAGGCCCACAGAUCAACCUAACAUCACCAGGAAAAGAGGAAUUCUUUGCUCUCAAGGCUCACAGAUCAACCUAACAUCUUCCCUGGAAUCAUCCCAUUAAUCUGCU